UGCUAGCCGGGCCAGUCAAUCAGCGGCAGAGCUAAGAAGGGCACAACCGUGCAGCCGAGGGCAGUGAGCAGAGCCGAGCUGGGUGGGAGCGCGUUCGCCCGGGUCUGCACCAUGGCACGGUUAAGCUUGCUUGCGCUUCUCUGCACCCUGGCCGCUCUCUGCGCCUCGCUGCUGGCUGCGGAGCUCAAGUCGAAAAGUUGCUCCGAAGUGCGACGUCUCUACGUGUCCAAAGGCUUCAACAAGAACGAUGCCCCCCUCUAUGAGAUCAAUGGUGACCAUUUGAAGAUCUGUCCCCAAGGUUAUACCUGCUGCUCUCAAGAGAUGGAAGAGAAGUACAGCCUGCAAAGUAAAGAUGAUUUCAAGAACGUGGUCAGUGAACAGUGCCAUCAUUUGCAAGCCAUCUUUGCAUCUCGUUACAAGAAGUUUGAUGGUAUGCGAUCUAAGUUGCAUAUAACAGUUGACAGCUCUUUUGUAUGA